AUACUAACGGUUGUGGGGUGCCAAAGUCCACAUAAAAUUUGGAUUAUCAUUGUGAGUGAUUCAAUCACGUUCUAAAAGGUUUACAAUGGAGUUACGAGGAAAACUAUCGAAACAAUUAGAAGGCAUUCCCUCAUUAAAGAAACACGAGAGUGACAUACGGAAAAUAGUGAAAACUUCUUCAGACAUUGAACAUGCUAUUAGAAAAGAAUUGGACGUUUUUCUUUACGAAGAUUCACCAAGAUCCAAACUGGAAGAGAUAAGAGCGUGUGACAUGUUAUCCUUCAUGUAUAACAUAUACGGUGACGAAGAAAACACGAUGAAAUACAUCGAGAAGGCGCUCGAUAUUGACCCAUCAAACAUUAUUACUCUCACGUGCAAAGCGAAUUUCUUUCUUGAUAAAGAAGAGCGGCUUAUUGAAGUGGAAGACAUUAUUCAUGAAGUAAAUACUGCAAUGGAGAAACAAUACCGUGUUACACAGGCUGAUGCCGAGAUUGCGUAUGUCUUCUCCCGUUGUGGAAUGAAGAUGUAUUCCAAAGCAAUUUCCCGUUUUGAAAGCGUUAUUGAGAGUGCUUCUCGAAUUACUGACGCCAAUCAACCGCUUGAAUGGACAACACAUAUAUGUAUUUGGACGUUUGGUCUUGCUCUCACAAAGAGAAGGCUCCUGCACCCUUGCAACACGAUCCAGCCGGUCGAGAUGAGCGAAUCUCAGAAAGCACAUGGAUCAGUUAUGGAUUUACUUGAGAAUGUGAUAAAAGUACCUAUUUUAACUGACACUGGUAUAAAUAAGGUAAUACAAAGGUAUCGCGCCAGUGCAUUAGCAGAAAUAGGUUCUUUGGUGUACUCCGUGCAAAGAAAUAAAACGUUGUUUCGGAGAGGAUUGAAGGAUUUAAUUCCCGAUUGUGACACUAAUACAUCUGCACGACAUUAUAUAGAUGAGGCGCAUGCAAUAUGCGACAACGACGUAUUCGUACUACAACAAUGUGGAAAAAUGUAUAGAUACUUUAACGAAAUAGAUUUAUCAAUUGAUUUGUUACAGAAAGCCGUUUCUAUAAAACCGAACUCGUAUGGUCUUCAUCAUUUGGCUUUAUCUCUGAAACGGUGUUUAGAAAUGAAAAGUCCAGAAUGGAAUCACAUUAGAGGACGCGGCAGGGGAAGGCAUGAACGACAGUUACAUGACGGAAAUAGCCGGAGACGAGAUACUUAUACAGCUGGACCUUGUCGACAAGAACCUCAAAUCAAUCGGUCUGUAUCUCUUGGUAGUGGUAACGAAGACUCAGGGUUUGUCUCAAUGAGCUUUUUGCCUCAUCAACAUGAACGUAGACUACAACAGCAUUCGCAAUACUCGGAUGCUCAACAGCUAGAAGAACAGCUGGAUAGUCUUAAAUUAGAACCAAGUAAAUUGUGUGCUGCUACCGGAGUAUCAAACGUACGCUACUAUUCUUCCAGCAACAGGCGAAGAAGAGGUCGCCGCGGUGGGCGCGGGAAUCAGCCAUUUAGAAGAUCUACCAGCGAGUUACCGAGGAACAGGUCAAUCGAAAAUAUGAUUAAAAGUCCAAAGAAGGUCAUUUUCAUUGAUACAAAUCUUGAUUCUAAAAAGACGAUCGACGCAGUUCUUAAUAACCUGGAUAAAGCGAUUGAACUGAAUAAUAUAGCUGCUCUAUACGACAAAGGACUAUUUCUUCGUCAAAUAAAAGAUUCUGAACAAGCGUAUGAUAUAUUUAAGAAAGUCAUCAAAGAUGAGCAAUGCUCUCUAUUUCAUUUGGCUAAUUCAUACGAACAGGCUGCUUACUGCAUUUUAGACAAGAAUGACAAGUCAAAAGAGUUUGAUAUGCAAUAUUAUUUGAAGCGGUCUGUAGAAGUUUCUUGCAAUCUCGUUGCCAAGAUUCCGUUUUUGAAAAACUGCUGGCAAGCCGCUCCGACUCUUCUAGAUUUUCUUAAUUGCAAAGCGAAAACUACAGAGAUUCUGCGAGAUAUUGGUUUUCUUUACGAUAAGAUGGAAAAUUACCAAUAUGCAAUUGACGUCUAUGAAGAAUUGUUAAAAAAGGUUAAAGAAACAGGUGAGAAAAUUGAAAUUUUGACCGAAAUGAUAAAAACAUUUAUCAGUUUGGGCAGAUAUGACGAUGCCGUCCUUGCUUUUGAUACAAUCAUGUGCUUGCCGGAUGGACGCACAAAAAUUGACAAGGACUUGUAUAUAGAUGUGCAUAUCGAAGGCGGACUACAAUCUUUAAUAAAAGAAGAACAUGCUAUGGCACAACUUAGGCUUAAAAAUGCUCUACAGUUCAAUAAAAACACGAAUGAGGACAUUGGUGGAACAGAGAAUGACGAAAACGAUGACAUUGGGCAGAAGUUUGACAUUUAUAUUUUGUGUGAAGAUGCUAGAGUUGAAGAAACUUACAUGAUUCUCCUCCGGAAUCUGAAAAGCCUUGGGCUUUCUGUAACAUUGAAUGCCGUAGAUGUUCCGCCUGGUCAAAUCACAAUGGAAGGCAUUCCGCUCGCGAUGAAGGCUUCUGACCAUUUCCUUAUAGCUUUGGAAUCAAAUCCCACCGGGAUGUUUAAACAAAGGGUGGCAAUGAUAAAAGACAUGAUUGAGGAUCGAAACGAUGGUAACGUGGUUAUCCUAGCUCCUAUAAAGUGCGAGUUGCCAGCAUGGUUGAAGGGUUACACCGUGAUUGUCAACGAUGUGGAAUAUGAAAAGGAUUCAGAUGUCCAGAGAAUUUUAGAAAAUUCAUCAUUGCGUUCUAAACUGAAGGACAUCGUUUUGACACUUUCGAGACAACGAGAGCCUUCUUAAAUGAAAAGAAUGUCUGCAAUUUAAUAUACUGAUCGGAGAAAAAAGAACACAACAAUUAUAAUUAAAAUGUGACAAUCUUUUUGUUAACUUAAAUACUUUUGUCAGUUUGGUGCACGUUCAGGCCAGAUGAGAGUUUAUCAGUAAAAGAUAACUGACAAAGAAAACUAUUGUGAAAACAAACAAGAUGCAAGAUACGUGGUUAACGUUAUAACUAUCUCGAAUGUUUAUGGUAAGGCAGUUCUAUGCCACAAUACAAAAGAUCAUGUUUCUUUUAGUAUACCACGAAUCCUUUAUUCAUAACCGGAGUUUUUAAUUGGAGCUAUUUAUGUGAAUAUUUCAUUUUACGAUCAUUAUAUUUAGUUACAAAUGCGCACCAUAGUACGUCUGCUGAUUACAUUUUUGUCUGUUUUAUGCCCAUGUACCUUACUUUCUGUGUAAUUUUUGUAUCAACCUUAUUAGCAAUCACCUAUAUACUAGUACACAAUUGCUUUCCUACGUACGUUCUGACCUAGAUACCAGACUAUUUCAGCACCUAUUUACCUACCUGUUAUUCCUAUGUAAAUAUCUUCACACGUACUUGUGAACCUUUCUAUACGUUUAUUUGCAACGUAUCACUUUUUGUAUUUACCUUCUUUAUGGAAUUUAUACCAUACUGCUUGCAUAUCUUCAAAUGUUAAUACCACUGAGUUCGCUACCGCCCUACAUGCAUGCCUUAUAAUAAAAAUAUAGUGUUUUUUGUAGUUAGAUUAAAAAAUUUACCUUACACUAGGUUUUUGCUAUUUACUGUGUAUGCAUAUGUUUUGAUUACACAAUAUAAGAGUAUACAUAACUUCAUACUUCAGUUACUGCUAAAAGUAUAAAAACUAAAAGGCCAAGUAAUCAUGUGACAUAUUGCUCGCCAAUAUAAAUCUGACACUGACCUGAUUGUAUGAAUAUAUAAGUGAACCGUUACGAAGAUUAAAGUAAUUUGCGAACUAGAAGCAAUUGUAAUCAAUUAUUUCAUUUCUCGCUAAGUAUAGUGUUAUUGCCACAUAACACUCGUGCAAAAGUGCACGAAUAAAACUGAAUGUGAAUAAAGGGAACAAUGUAUGCGUUCAAUGUUAAAUGCUUAUCUAGUUAACAAGUGCCGGUCAAUGGUGCUGAGCUAUACAAAACAAGUUUCAUUGUGUUUAGUUUGUUUUUAUAUUUUCAUAUUGUUUAAGGCUGCUAUAUUAUUCGCAAUAUCGAAUUGUCAAAUACUUAUCAAUGAUGUUUUUAUAUUCAGCACUGUUCUUUAACAUGCAUGUGUAUUUUUGUAUUGUUUUGGUGACUUUCUGUCUCACUGAACAUGUAGCUUAAAGUACAUGUAAACUGUUGUUUUAUUGUUGCAUUGAAAUUGAUAGUUUGAUCCGAAUGAGUUUUAAUUCCUUUAAAUCGCAUGACUAAUAUUUUAAUAUUAAUCUCUGUUCAUCUCCUGUUGUUGUUUAUUAUCUUCUUUUUAUGUCUAGAUACCUUUCCAGUUAAUACCACUGUGCUUAUUUGUUAUAACAAUUCAAAGGCAUGUGAUGUUGAUUUUUGCAUCAGUAUUCUAUCUUUAACUAAGUGACUACCAAUUUAAACAUUGUUUCUUUAAACUGUAGACGAUUAUAUGGGAAAUAAAGGGGAUACAUAUUUUAAAUAGGAUAAAUAUUUUUAAUUACUUUAAAUAAUUAAAAGCUAAUAUAUAGUGUCUGCAGGACAAACAUUUACCCCCCCCCACCGCAAUAUAUAUAAUAAUAUUUAUUCAGAAUUGGGCUAUCAAUGCUAUGGUUCAGCAAAUUCCAGAGGAACAGGUAUUUUUUAUAUCAAAGAGCACAUAGUAUAAAAUAUAAAGAAGUGAAACACAUAACUUUAUUGCUGACUCGAAUGGCAAUUUUGUUGCACUUGAACGUUUUAUUAAAGACUUCCGCUUAACGUUGCUUACUUUAUAUUGGUCAAAUACUGACUCACCAUUCUUUUUUCUGAUAAAUCUGUGAAAUUAUUGAAAUAUUUGUUUUUGUGGUGACUUUAUCCACGUUAUAGAUCAUGAAUUAGAUUACUUUAAUGACACAAAUGUUAAUUAUCAUAAGGCUCGAAAUAAAGUCUUAGAAUUAAUAAA